AUGUCGAGCAAUAUUCAGAAAGACGCCACUUUCCAGCCGCCUCAGGCGAGCCAGAGCCAGGAAAAGCCUGGACUGGAAUCAAAGAUGGCACCGCCCAGCGAAGUCACCAAGCUCGACGGAAGCGAAGGUCUGGUCGAAUAUGUCGGUGCGAACAAGCUCAAAGGAAAGAAAGUCCUCAUCACCGGUGGCGACUCGGGAAUUGGCCGAUCGGUGGCAGUCCUAAUGGCCCGAGAAGGCGCUGAUAUCUCGAUUGUCUAUCUACCUCAAGAGCAAACAGAUGCGGAGGAUACCAAGAAAAUGGUCGAAGCAGAAAACCAGAAGUGUCUUCUCAUUCCUGGAGAUCUCAGAAAAUACGAUUUCUGUCAACACGCAGUUGAGGAACACGUCAAGGAACACGGAGGCCUCAAUGUGCUCGUCAACAAUGCCUCGACGCAGUAUUCGUGCAAAGACUUGGCCCAAAUCGACUUGGAGAAAGUCGAGGACACUUUCCAGUCGAACAUUCUGCAGAUGAUCGCCAUCACGAAAUACGCUCUUCCGCACAUGUCUAAGGGUGACUCGAUCAUCAAUAACACAUCCGUAACUGCGUUCCGCGGGACGGCGGGUAUGGUCGACUAUGCCUCCACGAAGGGAGCCAUUGUGGGCUUCACGCGAUCCCUGGCGCAACAACUCAUGCCGAAGGGUAUUCGUGUCAAUGCCGUCGCUCCCGGCGUGAUUUACACGCCUAUUCAGGUCGAUACUCGCGAUCCCAAGGGAAUGGAGAACUUGGGCGCAAGUAAAGGUCUUGGUCGUCCCGGCCAAGCUAGUGAAGUCGCUACUAGUUUCGUGUUCUUGGCUAGCAAUGAUGCCUCAUUCUACUAUGGCCAGAUUCUGCACUGCUACCCGCUAGGCGACUAA